AUGAACUGUGAGGGCUGUGGUACUGGGACACCGAUGAUUAGGCACUCCAUGACCCUUAAGCGCCUCUGCAGGAAGUGCUUUCUCCGUGCAAUCGAAGAUGAAGUUCAGCGAACGGUGGAGAUGCACAGCCUGGUCCGUCCGGGCGAGAGCAUCGCUCUUGGAGUGAGCGGAGGAAAAGACUCGAGUGUUAUGCUUCAUAUUCUACACACCCUGCGGCUUCGUUGUCAGGAUGUCUACGAUGGUGUUCGCUUUGUUAUGGUUGCAGUCAACGAAGGAAUCCAAGGCUAUCGCGGCGAGUCGCUAGCGUGUCUUCAGCGCCUCCAUAAAAAGUAUCCGUAUGAGCUGGAGAUAGUGGGCUUUGAAGAGCGAUACGGACGUACGCUAGACCAACUUGUCAACACUGUGAACGGAAAUUCAUGCACUGAUACAUUUGCCCCACUUAAGGCCGAUCUGGAGGACGUUAACGACACGGGCCGGCCACAGCCAACGGCGAAGACAGCAACUGCCUGCUCGUUCUGUGGUAUCCUCCGACGAAAUUCUCUUUCUUACGGGAGUCUCCAGACACAAUGUACAAAGGUGGCUACCGGGCACAAUGCUGACGACAAUGCCGAGACCGUUCUACUGAACUUAAUCAGAGGUGACGCUGCAAAGCUAGUAAGGUGCAGCGAGCCAUUAUCUGACUUGAAUCAAGGGGUGGCACGCAUAAAGCCCCUCUGCAAUAUAGCACAGCGAGACAUUGUCAUAUACGCCCACCUACAACGCCUGGACUACUUUAGUGUGGAGUGUCCUUAUGCAACAACGGCACUACGCGGUAAGCCAAGAAGCUUCCUAACCAACCUUUGUACCAGACCAGCGUACAGCGACGCGGCUCUUCGUAUAAUUCGGUCAACUCGGAAGCUGCGCCUUAAGACCACACAUGAGACCCAGAAGCUCACUAGUCUUCAUCUGUGCCCCUCGUGUCAGAGUCCUGUCUCCACAACUCGCUGCCAGUGCUGUGACAUACGCACGGCAAAGACUGGGGACGACCUUAAGCGAGCCGCCAAGUGCAGGCCAUAA